AUGGUUUCUACAACUCAUCAGGAUGACCACUUUAUUCUAGAAGACAGUACCAAACUCAUUGAAGUUCAAGUGGUGUUAAUAUUUGCCUACAGUGCCAUAAUUCUCUUUGGGUUGACGGGUAACUCUCUGGUACUAUAUGUAGUUUAUAAGUUCAAAAACUUGCAUACAGUGACCAACUUUUUUAUUGUAAAUCUGGCUGUGGCAGACCUAUUAGUGAACACGUUGUGCCUACCAUUCACAUUAAUGUACACGCUUUUCGGUGAGUGGAAGUUUGGUUGGGCAAUGUGUUUUGUCUUACCUUAUGCGCAAGGUCUGGCUGUGCAUGUCUCUACCAUAACAAUGAAUGUAAUCGCGAUGGAUCGUUAUCGCAGCAUUGUGUACCACAUGGAGACAAAGAUGUCACGGGACAUGUGCACAGUAGUAAUAGUUUUAACCUGGGUCGCCAGUGCAGUGCUAGCUAGUCCACUUGCCAUCUUUCGGGAGUAUACAUCCUUUGAUCUGACUCCUGAGCAGUCUAUACAGGUGUGCACGGAAGAUUGGGCAGGUAGCGGCGUUGAUGCAACAGUCUAUAGCGUUGUCACCUUUUUACUACAAUACGGCCUUCCACUUUCAAUAAUCACCUACGCAUACGCUCGGAUUUGGAAUAAAUUGCGUAGACAUGUUAGUCCAGGGGCUGGUGGCCGAAACGACCGUCACAGACGACGCAAGAAAACUACGAAAAUGCUGGUGGCUGUGGUUGUGGUGUUUGCGCUCAGCUGGCUACCUUUUCAUUCGUUCCAACUGGCCGUGGACUUCAACAGCAGUAUCGGCUCCAUGAGAGACUUCAAACUCCUAUACACUGUCUUUCACAUAACGGCCAUGUGCUCUACUUUCGCCAACCCCAUUCUGUAUGGCUGGAUGAACCGAAACUAUCGCAGCGCAUUUGCUGCGGUGUGCAAGUGCAUAACUGAUGGUGCAGGCUCAGACAUUGUUCGUGCCCCAGGAAGACCAGACAAAGUGGCGUGUCUGCAUACACACGUAACAAAUGUUUGA